AUGUCUUAUUCGAUUAAGUCCCGUGUCUAUCAGACCAACACCAACGCCUACUUCAACAUCGUGGAAAAGGGCGUCUGGCAAAAUGGCACCUGGAGCGAUCAGAAUGGUGUCCUGACCCUGGCCAUGGGCGGCAGCGGAACCUCGGGCAUGCUCCGGUUCAUGACAGAGCAGGGAAAGGAGAUUUUCUUCAUCGCCCUCGGUGUCCACAAUUACAAGCCCUGGGUCGACAUCGUGGAGGCCCCUUGGCUCAACGCCAGUUGUGUCAAGAUUCUCCCCGAGUACUAUGACAGCAAGUACCCUGUGCGCUGCGCUGCCCGCGAUGCUCAGCGUACUUCGCAGUCCAUUCAUAGCGCCGAACAUCGCACCAUCUCCGUCGAAUACAAGGCUGCUCAGGGUCACAACCUUGAGCUCAACAUUGUUAUCGGUUAA